AUGCAGGCGACGGACGCAUCGACCCUCUUCCAGACCGACGAGGCCCUCGCCCAGGGCGCGGCGCGCGCAUCCAAGGCGUCGCGCACCGCCACGGGAUCCGAGUACGGCCACCCGAUCUGGCUCGGGAGCAGGUACAAGGACUCGAUCGGCCUCGCAGAGAGCGGUGCGGGCGCCGAUGCCGGGUCUGCGCGCGUCCUCUCGCUCCGCUGCCGCACCGUGGCCGCGUCCACUGCCGCCCCCGGUGCGAGGCAGGGGCCUCUGCCGCAGAGCCAGGCUUGGACCGCCGAGAGCGGCGGAGUGGUCAGGCUCACCGACCUCGAGACCGGCAAGACGGCGGUUAUCUUCCGCGGUCACUCAGCACCGGUACCCACCUUUGACAUUGUGCGCGUCGGCGGAUCGACAGGGGGCGGACGGGAGUCGACGAGGGAAGUGCUCGUGACGGGAUCGUGGGACAAGAGCAUCAAGGUCUGGUCAAUCCCAUCACACGGUACGACGGUGGAAAGCGCAGCUACACCCCUCCGGCCCAAGCCCAUCCUCACGCAGCCGCAAGCCGCGACCGACUUUAUCAAGGCGGUCCACUGCUUCCGCUCCCAGGGCCGCGACUUUGUCCUCUCGGCGGGCAGCGACAAGACGGUGCGGUGCUGGCACCUCACGCCGCUCCUCGAAUGGACCGGCGCACUGAGCGAAGCGGACUGGACGCGGAUCUGCACGACCGGGACCUCGGAGGGCGAGCGGGCGACCAUGCCCGACAUCGAGGUGGUGGCCAUGUUGCGCGAACACACCAGGCCCAUCAAUUGCCUCGGCUCCGUCCCGCCCCCGCCCCGUCUCGAUGCCAGCGCCGAAGCCGACGCCGACGCCGAGGGUGGUCAGACCACGCUCUUCUCUGCCGACUCGAUGGGCCGCAUCUUUGAAAUGGUGCUCAACCUGCCCGCCUCCCUCGACAACGCCUCGGCGACGGCGACGGCUUCGGCGGCAUCGCGGGGUUCGCUCACGAUCCGUCGCGAGCUGCGGGCGCACGAGACGGCCAUCUACGACCUGCGUGCCGGCUGGCGCGACGAAGAGGUCGAGGGGCUCGAUAGCCUGCCCAGCGCCGCCGCAGCCUCAUCCUCGCAGCCGGGCGAGGGCGAGGGCGACGACGAAUUCGUCACGCCCAUCUACGAGGCGCCGGACGGCAGUUUCCGCCGGCACGUGGCCGAGGUGUGGACGUGUUCGGGCGACAAGACGGCCAGGUGCUUUGUCCUCUCCCCGACGGUUCUGCGGCAGAGUGGACGCGGGCAGGUGCCGGGUAGCCGUACCUCGAAGGCGGGUGCGCCGCUCGGGUCGCAGCCGCCCCUGGGACCGAGCAGGACGAUCCAGCAUGCCGACUUUGUAAAGUCGCUCGUGUCCCUCGGCCAUGCCGCUGCGCGCCGCCGCGCCGAUGUGGGCAGCGCCGCGGACCUUGCGCUGCGGGUCUCGCCGCCGCCCAACGUGCUGGCGACGGGCAGUGCGGACGAAACGCUGCGCCUCUUCGCUCUCGACACCGAUGCGACCGCUGCACCUGAUGCCGCGGCCGGUAUCGCCCCAUCGACGUCGAGCACGGCCAAACCGACGGUGCCAAUCGCGGCCGUCGAGGGACACUGGCACGAAAUAGACGCCAUCGACGUGUGGCUGCGUCCCCGGUCCGGACCGUUGCAGGGCCCGACGACGAGCAGCGACAACGAGCCGAUCCCACCCGCUACCGCUGCGGGGCAGCGACACCUCAACCGCGACCUCGACCUCGAUGACCUCGACGACGACGGCGAACGGGGACAAGACUAUCAGGCAGCGCCACUGCUGGUGCGACGAGAAAGGGAGCGAAGGGCGGAAGAGGGUCGGGGCAAGGACCCGCUGUCGUCGAGAUGA